GCUGCAGCGAACGUAAUUUCAUUUAUGGACGUUCAGAAAAUUGACAUCACGGCUGCAAGGACAUAUAAAUACGCAGCACAGGGCACAUUGGAUCGACUGCAGGAACACUGACAGGAGCAUUCUCAGCCCCUCUAACGGCACAGCAGAAACUGGAGUUUGCAAAGUACACUGAGAAACCCCUUUUUAUAAAGCAGUUCUGCGAACAUCCGAGAGAUUUUAUUUUGCCUUCAAUUGUGUUUGCAAUAUCUUUAAAGAAGCAUGUGCACGGGAGGUUGUGCCAAAUGCCUGGGAACCGUUCUCAUCCCCCUGGCUGUGCUCUGCACCCUCGCUAACAUUUUGUUGUUUUUCCCUGGAGGAAAAGUGGCUCAAGAGAAUGCACACAUUACAGAUGAGGUCUGGUACUUCGGAGGGAUCUUGGGAUCCGGUGUAUUGAUGAUCUUCCCUGCCUUGGUAUUUUUGGGCCUUCAGAAUAAUGAUUGCUGUGGAUGCUGUGGUAAUCAGAGCUGUGGAAAGAGGUUUGCGAUGUUUUCCUCUAUAAUAUUUGCUGCAGUUGGAGUUGUGGGAGCUGGAUACUGCUUUAUUUUGUCAGCAGUGGCCCUAAACAAAGGCCCUAAAUGUAACAAUGGAAUCAGCUGGACCUACCCUUUCAAGGAUGGGGAUUACCUCAAGGACCAUUCAUUGUGGGACAAGUGUCUGUCACCCGACAAUAUUGUCGUAUGGCACCUGACCCUCUUCUCCUUGCUGCUGGUCAUGAGUUUGAUCCAGGGUGUGCUCUGUGGUAUUCAGGUGGUGAAUGGGCUGUUUGGAACCCUCUGUGGGGACUGCAAAUGCUGUGGAUGUUGUGGGGGAGAUGGAACUGUCUGAAGAAUAUGAAAUUGCAGACAAGCCUGCUCACCUUGGGAGGAUCCCUUCUGCAGCCCUCCACAGAGCAGCCCUGGGAUGCACUGGCUCUGGCUAAGAAGAUGAGAAUGAAGGGCAUUUCCCUUCACCAACGUUAUGAAGCCCAGACUCCCUUUCUAGCCUUCGUGAAACCCCUCAUCAUGGAAUAAAAUAAGUGAAAUUCAACUCUCA